UGGAUUAGAUACGUGUUCGUGUAGUUUAUGAUAUUUACGAGAAAAAGUAUUUGCUUAGUACAAAAUUUAGUCUUUAUUUUAUAAAUUAAGGUUAAGGCUUUUUUAUUUAAGUGAAUUAUUAGAGGAGACAACACCCUCUCAUGUGUUACAAAAUUUGAACUGACGGCAACGUAGAAAUUCCACCAUGGAGGACGCUCACACGAAAUCCGUGGAUGAAGUCUUAGGAUACUUUGGCACAGAUCCAGAUAAAGGCCUGACUCCUGAUCAAAUUAAGAGGAACCAAGACAAAUAUGGGCCAAAUGAACUGCCUGCUGAAGAAGGCAAAAGUAUAUGGCAGCUAGUUCUGGAGCAAUUCGAUGACCUCUUAGUGAAGAUUUUGUUGUUAGCCGCUAUUAUUUCCUUCGUUUUAGCUUUAUUUGAAGAACACGAAGACGCAUUCUCAGCCUUCGUAGAACCAUUCGUUAUUUUAUUAAUUCUUAUUGCUAACGCUGUUGUAGGAGUAUGGCAGGAACGAAACGCAGAAUCUGCCAUCGAAGCGUUAAAAGAAUACGAACCCGAAAUGGGUAAAGUUGUUAGAGGAGAUAAAUCCGGCGUACAGAAAAUCCGAGCAAAGGAAAUCGUGCCCGGCGAUAUUGUUGAAGUAUCCGUCGGUGACAAAAUUCCCGCCGAUAUCCGCCUUAUCAAAAUCUAUUCCACCACCAUCCGUAUCGACCAGUCUAUCCUGACUGGUGAAUCGGUCUCCGUCAUUAAACACACGGAUGCCAUUCCAGACCCCCGCGCUGUAAAUCAGGACAAGAAGAACAUCCUUUUCUCUGGUACAAAUGUCGCUGCUGGUAAAGCCCGCGGUAUCGUUAUCGGUACCGGCCUCAACACUGCCAUCGGUAAGAUCCGCACAGAAAUGUCGGAGACCGAGGAGAUCAAGACACCGCUGCAGCAAAAACUCGAUGAGUUCGGCGAGCAGUUGUCUAAAGUCAUCUCCGUCAUCUGCGUUGCCGUCUGGGCUAUCAACAUCGGACACUUCAACGACCCCGCCCAUGGUGGAAGCUGGAUUAAGGGUGCUGUGUACUACUUCAAAAUUGCCGUCGCUCUGGCCGUCGCCGCCAUUCCUGAGGGUCUGCCCGCUGUGAUCACCACUUGUCUCGCCUUGGGUACGAGAAGAAUGGCCAAGAAGAACGCCAUCGUCAGAUCCCUGCCCUCCGUGGAAACCCUGGGUUGCACAUCCGUUAUCUGCUCAGACAAGACCGGUACAUUGACAACUAACCAAAUGUCCGUUUCCCGUAUGUUCAUCUUCGAGAAAAUUGAGGGCGGUGACAGCAACUUCCUAGAGUUCGAGAUCACCGGAUCCACCUACGAGCCCAUCGGCGACGUUUACCUGAAAGGACAAAAAGUUAAAGCCUCCGAAUUCGAUGCUCUCCAUGAAUUGGCCACUAUUUGCGUUAUGUGCAAUGACUCCGCUAUCGAUUUCAACGAAUUCAAGCAAGCCUUCGAGAAAGUAGGCGAGGCCACCGAGACCGCCCUUAUCGUGCUCGCCGAGAAGAUGAAUCCCUUCAACGUCCCCAAGACCGGCCUCGACCGCCGCUCGUCAGCCAUCGUCGUCCGCCAGGAGAUCGAAACCAAAUGGAAGAAGGAGUUCACCCUCGAAUUCUCUCGUGACAGGAAAUCUAUGUCGACAUACUGCACACCCCUCAAGCCUUCCCGUCUCGGCAAUGGACCCAAACUCUUCGUUAAGGGAGCGCCCGAAGGCGUGCUCGACCGUUGCAGUCACGCUCGUGUCGGAACUAACAAGGUGGCUCUUAGCAGCACCCUGAAGAACCGCAUCCUGGAACUCACCCGUCAAUACGGUACCGGCCGCGACACUCUGCGCUGCCUCGCCCUCGCCACCGCCGACAACCCGAUGAAACCCGACGACAUGGACCUCGGCGACUCCUCCAAAUUCUACACCUACGAAGUCAACCUCACCUUCGUCGGUGUCGUGGGCAUGUUGGACCCUCCUCGCAAGGAAGUGUUCGACUCUAUCGUCCGUUGCCGCGCCGCUGGUAUCCGUGUAAUCGUCAUCACCGGUGACAACAAGGCCACCGCUGAGGCUAUCUGCAGACGUAUCGGUGUGUUCGGAGAGGAUGAGGAUACUUUCGGUAAAUCUUACUCUGGACGCGAGUUUGACGACUUGCCCGUGUCGGAGCAGCGCGCAGCGUGCGCCAAGGCUCGCCUCUUCUCCCGUGUAGAACCUGCGCAUAAAUCCAAGAUCGUUGAAUACCUGCAGAGCAUGAACGAAAUCUCCGCUAUGACUGGUGACGGUGUGAAUGAUGCGCCCGCGCUGAAGAAGGCCGAGAUCGGUAUUGCUAUGGGUUCAGGAACCGCCGUCGCCAAAUCCGCCGCUGAGAUGGUGCUCGCUGACGACAACUUCUCAUCCAUCGUUGCUGCCGUUGAGGAAGGUCGUGCUAUCUACAACAACAUGAAGCAGUUCAUCCGCUACCUGAUCUCCUCCAACAUCGGUGAGGUGGUGUCCAUCUUCUUGACCGCGGCGCUCGGUCUGCCCGAAGCUCUGAUCCCUGUACAGCUGCUGUGGGUCAACCUGGUCACUGACGGUCUGCCCGCCACCGCCCUCGGCUUCAACCCCCCUGACCUCGACAUCAUGGACAAGCCCCCGCGCAAGGCUGACGAGGGUCUCAUCUCUGGAUGGUUGUUCUUCAGGUACAUGGCAAUCGGAGGCUACGUCGGUAUGGCGACAGUCGGCGCGGCUUCCUGGUGGUUCAUGUACUCCCCGUACGGACCUCAGAUGACCUACUGGCAGCUCACUCACCACCUGCAGUGCCUCAGCGGAGGAGAUGAAUUCAAGGGCAUCGACUGCAAGAUCUUCACAGACCCCCACCCAAUGACAAUGGCGCUGUCCGUGCUGGUGACAAUUGAGAUGUUGAACGCAAUGAACAGUCUCUCUGAAAACCAGUCCCUGGUGACGAUGCCGCCCUGGUCCAACAUGUGGCUCGUCGGCUCCAUGGCGCUGUCCUUCACCCUGCACUUCGUUAUUCUAUACGUCGAGGUCCUCUCGGCGGUGUUCCAAGUGACCCCGCUGUCGGUGGACGAGUGGGUGACGGUGAUGAAGUUCUCCAUCCCCGUGGUGCUGCUGGACGAGGUGCUCAAGUUCGUCGCGCGCAAGAUCUCCGACGGUAAUGCGAGCUCGCUGCAGCACUGGCUCGACGGCAUGCAAUGGAUUGUGCUCAUGUGGGCCGUCUUCUUUGGCAUCAUCCUCUACGGACCCAUAUAAGCUGGCCCGCCCUCACCGCCGUGACGUCACCGACCCCCCCAAACCCGUUUGAUUCAUAACUUAAUACCCCCCUACCCACCCCCAUUUCUGCGCUACCCACUUACCAUUGUUUGUUUCAUACCAAACACUGUUUAUUGCAACAUGAGAUUUAUCACAAAAUUGUCUAAAAUUAAUUUUAAUCGUCGCAACAGAUUGUUUAAAGAUUUUACGUUAUUAUUUUGAUAUAUUAUUAUUUUGUUGAAAAAUUUCAACGCGUUAUUUAUUAUUUAUAAUUUUUAUUACUGGAAAUAUUGUCAGUACAGUUAUUUUAGACAUGACCGCAAACAUAAACUUAUAACGGCCAUUAUUACCUUAUGACAAUGUUACACAAUUAUUUAAAAAAAUAUGUGUUUGUGUGAUAUCUCAUGUUGUAUAGGUAUAUGUGUGUGAGAGUGAGUGGGUGGGUGGCGCGGAAGCCGCUGUGGAAACCAAGGAACUAUGAGCGCGGCUCACCACAGCAUCUAACCGUUUGAAUGCUAAUCCCGGAGCACAAGUGUGUGAAGUGAUGUUAGUGCACGUGUUCGCGUUUGGACCACUGAGGAGCGCGGCGAUACAGCGACAGAACAUUGUAAUGGCGGUGCUACUUGAUACGACAGCGCUCGCGACGGCGCUCAUACAACCUCUAACUUAAGUUUUGUAGCGGUCUCUCAUAGAUUUAUAUCUAACUGAGGUUUGCAUUUUGCUCGUGCGAGACAAUAAAUUAAUUUUCUUAAAACUUCAUAGCCCUUGUACUAUGUUAUCUUUCGUGUAUAUAACGCGAUGAGCGGCUGUGAAGACCAUCCUAUUAUACGGAACAUCAAAUUUUCUAUUGGUUAUAACAAGGUUUAUUAAAGGCUGUAAGUUUACAAAUGUUAUUUAAUGAGUUUCUUUAGACGAUGAAAUGUUUGUCUAAUUCUACUGUAACAAACUCGCACACAGCUCAGUACCUUGUCCUUGUGGACUGCAGACAUAUUUAACUUACUUUUAAUAAAGAUUUCAAUGCAUAUAUAAUAUGAACACUAUGACAUCAGAAAUCUUAUUAAAAAAGAUCAAUUGUCAUGACUUCAUGAUGAGGAAAGAGUUGUCAUUCGUCAACUAAAUGUCAAUGCGAUGCCAUAUUUUUCUAAUGAAUUAAUAAUAGCAGUUAAUUAAAAAAAAUUAAAAGCGUUGAAAAUAUAAAAACAAUAUUGAACGUACCUUCUACAAGUUUUAACAGAAAUUGGCCAAUAUUACCAUUGCAUGACCGUUUGAAUUCAAGUUGGUUGCACAAAACAGAACAACCAUAGAGUAAAUUUUUGAUUUAAUUUAUAACAACAGCCUAUAUAUGUAUUGAAGUCUUUGUACUAUACCUAGUAAUGUGCAUUGUUAGCAUAUAGUAAUUUAUUGUAAGUGUAUGGUUAGGCUCAGCGGUUACUUUUUUUACUUUAUUUUUUUUCUACAAUUUUCUGCUUCUCGUGUCCUUUUACUUGUGGUCGCUUGUUAACAUACCAGAAUGCACUUUAUUCCAUUUUUUUUUCUCAUCGCCUUUUUCUGAACGGACAGUGUUCUGCGAAUGCUGGUUUGUAUGCCUAAUUCUAACUUUUGUUUUUUUUUUUGACUAAUUUAAUGAAUGUGUUAUGCGUUAUAACUUAUGUACAUUGUUCGGAACAUUUGCAAAUAAAUCUGUGUCUCGUUAUUUUUUAAAAUUCUUACAAUUUAGCCGUGUUCUAUAUAUUAUAAUUGUGGAAUAUUUAAUGGAGUAAUUUAUGGAAGCAAUAUACUUAGUCAUUGUACAAACACAAUAACGAAUAGUUAAUCUUUUUAUAGAUUUGUUCUAUAAAGAAAAAAAAUAUAAUAGUUAAAAAUAUUCGGUAGCGUUGGGAAUAAUCACUACAACUUAAUUGGACUUAGAAAAAUUUAAUCAAUGGAGACAUAAUAUUAUCGUAAGUUUUACAAAAUUGUAACAACUUAAUUUGUCCGUUUUAUUUAGAGUUAAGGUACAAGUCCGUACAUACAUAAGUCUUUUUUUUAAUGAUAAGAUUGUGCAUGUUUGAGAUGCAUGCUCUCUCAGAGAGAGUGCAGUUUAUUUGAUUGGAUUUGAUUUGAGACAAAUAAUGUUUAAGAUAAAUAUUAAUGUAUGUAAUUAUAAAGUUACAUUGAAGCCAUCGAACACACAUACACAUACACCGACACUGCACAAUGAAGGGCAUGCUCAAAAUUUGUUAUGAACAUCCUCUACCCCUCCGACUCUCGUAUACCAAAAUGUAGUGAACACAAACAGUUAAACAUCCUCCCUUUGAUUUACGUUAAUUAAACUAUCGAACCAAA